AGGUUUGGAUAAUCACAUAAGAGAGAGUAUUGACCAGGGAAACACAGAAGGGUGUCUGUGGUUGAAUGACAACCACUUAGCCUAGUGUGUGAUUUUUUUUGUUUUUUUUGUCUCCAGCAGUGUUCAGUCAUUUGACCUCACACUGUACCAUCAACCCUUUGAAGACAUAUAUUCCAAUAUAUCUGCUGAAUGAUUGUACAACACACAAAAAUCAACGAACAAAAAAUUGAACAGAGAAAGUGCUGAAAUAGGAGUUACGGAUGCGUGUGAUUUGCUGGAUGAAAUAUAACCAGUUAAUUUUUGUAGCGUGGAGAGAAAGCCCAAAUUGCCAUAUUACAUGUGUAAAUCACUGCGUUAUUGCUUUAGUCAUUGUCUCUAUUUAGCAAUGACAAGACUGGAAGAAGUAAACAGAGAAGUGAACAUGCAUUCUUCAGUGCGUUAUCUUGGCUAUUUAGCCAGAAUCAAUUUACUGGUUGCUAUAUGUUUAGGUCUUUACGUAAGAUGGGAAAAAACAGCAAACUCCUUACUUUUGGUAAUUUUUAUUCUUGGUCUUUUUGUUCUUGGAAUUGCCAGCAUCCUCUAUUAUUAUUUUUCAAUGGAAGCAGCAAGUUUAAGUCUCUCCAAUCUUUGGUUUGGAUUUUUGCUCGGCCUCCUAUGUUUUCUUGAUAAUUCAUUCUUUAAAAAUGAUGUGAAAGAAGAAUCAACCAAAUAUUUGCUUCUGACUUCUAUAGUAUUAAGGAUAUUAUGUGCUUUGGUGGAGAGAAUUUCUGGUUAUGUCCGUCAUCGGCCCACUCUACUAACCACAGUUGAAUUUCUGGAACUUGUUGGAUUUGCCAUUGCCAGCACAACUAUGUUGGUGGAGAAGUUUCUCAGUGUCAUUUUACUUGUUGUAGCUUUGGCCAUGCUGAUUAUUGACUUAAGAAUGAAGUCUUUUCUAGCUAUUUCAAACUUAGUUAUUUUUGUAGUCUUAUUGUUUUUCUCCUCAUUGGAAACUCCCAAAAAUCCAGUUGCUUUUGCAUGUUUUUUUAUUUGCCUGAUAACUGAUCCUUUCCUUGACAUUUAUUUUAGUGGACUUUCAGUGACUGAGAGGUGGAAACCUUUUUUGUACCGUGGAAGAAUUUGCAGAAGAUUUUCAAUUGUUUUCACUGGCAUGAUUGAACUUACAUUUUUUAUUCUUUCAGCAUUUAAACUUAGGGACACUCAUCUCUGGUAUUUUGUAAUACCAGGUUUUUCCAUUUUUGGUAUUUUCUGGAUGAUUUGUCAUAUUAUAUUUCUUUUAACUCUUUGGGGAUUUCAUACCAAAUUAAAUGACUGUCAUAAAGUAUAUUUUACCCACAGAGUAGAUAACAACAGCCUUGACAGAAUUAUGGCAUCCAAAGGGAUGCGCCAUUUUUGCUUAAUUUCAGAGCAGUUAGUUUUUUUCAGUCUUCUUGCCACAGCUAUUUUGGGAGCAGUUUCCUGGCAGCCAACAAAUGGAAUCUUCUUGAGCAUGUUUCUAAUUGUUUUGCCAUUGGAAUCCAUGGCUCAUGGGCUUUUCCAUGAAUUGGGUAAUUGUUUAGGAGGAACAUCUGUUGGAUAUGCUAUUGUGAUUCCUACCAACUUCUGCAGUCCUGAUGGCCAGCCAACACUUCUUCCACCAGAACAUGUACAGGAGUUAAAUUUGAGGUCUACUGGCAUGCUAAAUGCUAUCCAAAGAUUUUUUGCAUAUCAUAUGAUUGAGACCUAUGGAUGUGACUAUUCCACAAGUGGACUGUCUUUUGAUACUCUACAUUCCAAACUGAAAGCUUUUCUUGAACUUCGGACUGUCGAUGGACCUAGACAUGAUACAUAUGUUUUGUAUUACAGUGGGCACACUCAUGGUACAGGAGAGUGGGCUCUUGCAGGUGGAGACGUACUACGCCUUGACACACUUUUAGAAUGGUGGAGAGAAAAGAAUGGUUCCUUCUGUUCCCGACUUAUUAUUGUAUUAGACAGUGAGAAUUCAACCCCUUGGGUGAAAGAAGUAAGAAAAAUUAAUGACCAAUAUAUUGCAGUACAAGGAGCAGAGAUGAUAAAGACAAUAGAUAUUGAAGAAGUUGACCCACCACAGCUGGGUGACUUUACAAAAGACUGGGUGGAAUAUAAUUGCAACUCCAAUAAUAACAUCUGCUGGACUGAAAAGGGACGCACAGUGAAAGCGGUAUAUGGUGUGUCAAAACAGUGGAGUGACUACACUCUGCAUUUGCCAACGGGAAGUGAUGUGGCCAAGCAUUGGAUGUUACACUUUCCUCGCAUUACAUAUCCACUUGUACAUUUGGCAAAUUGGUUGUGUGGUCUGAACCUUUUUUGGAUCUGCCAAAGUUGUUUUAGGUGCUUGAAAAGAUUAAAAAUGAGCUGGUUUCUUCCUACUGUGCUGGACACAGGACAAGGCUUCAAACUUGUCAAAUCUUAAUUUGGAGGCCAAAGUAGGAUAAUAUUGAGUUGAUAUUACCAGUUAUCACUAAUUUGACAUUUCUUUGUAUGUUAUAUUCUUAUUUGUGAAAAAUACGUAUACUGCUGCAUCUGUAGCUGCUCUCACUUUGUCUUUUCUCAAGUAAUUAUGGUAUGUAAGUAGUUGGGAAUUCCCAUUCUUUUAUACUAAAAGUAUGUAGAGAUUCAAAAAUUCUGACUGUAAAUGCAUAAGAGAUGUUAAAAAUAACAGUGCACUUUGAGAAAUGUUUGCUUUAGAAAGAAAACACUUAUCUAUGCUUUGCAGUGGCUAGUGAAGAAUUACUCAUGCCUUAUUUUGUAGGCAUAGACUAGAGAAUGUAGACCAACCAAUUUGUUUACCAUUAUAAGAAAACUACUAAUUUACAUACAGAAGAUUAUUUUGUGAAGUAGGUUUGUGUCUAAGACCAUUUGAAAAAUGACAAACUCUCUUCUUAGGAAAGAAGAAACUCUACCUGAAAUGCAUACAAAAUUUGCUUAUAGUUCAUCACAUGUAGGUGUCUUGGUUGUGAUCUAGCACAAAUCACUUUUUAGAUCAAAACAUUUUUUUUUUUAAUGUAGGUAACUAUAAGAGGCUAGAGCCUAAAAGUUACUCCUUCCUGAAUUGUUGGGGGCCUCUGAAAGUACUGGCAGAGUCUUUUUUUCAAGAUAACCAUGUUUU